AUACUCCGUGAGGUUUGCGGUCAAUAACCUAAAGGCCAAGGAUAGCGAAUUCCCACUAUCAUUGGCUGCUAGUUUUCCCGCAGUACAAUCGCGCAUAUUUCAAGACAAGUUUUAUUUUAAUUCCUACAUUCAGUGGUCUGUCGAUCCACGCAAAGGUAUCUUUGAGUGGAAAAGCAACUUGGAAUUUUCCCCUUGGUUUUACCUUUUACAGUUCAAAUGACACGGUAACAGAACAAAUUGUUGACAGAUAUCCGAGAAGGCGUCUCGACAUUUUUCAUGGAUGAAGACAAAAGCACUGUAUAAAGAAAUUUUACUUUUUUAGGUCUUCGUCAACAGUGAACUUCAUGAAAUAUACCUUGAGCAAUACAAUGGGAAUUGUCAAGUUCUUCUGCAAGCUUUUCGCCCGCGGCAUGUGCAAGAAUUUCAAGCUGAGAGCAUGCGGAAAGAAAUCCUUUUGUGUCUUGCGAUCGCGAGAUCAGAGUAAAGUCAAGUGCUUUCAACCUGGACGGAGAUUGUUUACAAAAGCUGGCAAACAUUUAAUGAGCGACCAAGAAAUCUGUAUACCAACAGCAAGGGAGGCAUUGCAACCAAUUUACGUGACUGAAAUCACAAAGAAUUUUCCAUCGGAAAUUUUGAUGCCUUUCGCUUCCGCAAGACAAGAACGUAGUGAAAUCAAUCUCCUUAGCAGUGGAAACCUAGAUGAGGAUUCUAUUGGCGAUUCGCAAAUUUCAGUUUUUUCUGAGGAAAAUGCAAUAACAGAGAUUUUUGCGUGGGUUUACAGUAUGGAUGUCAAUGAUGAACAGAACAUUCCGGAUGAAUUUAACAAGUCAUCUGUUCAUGAAAGUUAACUCAGUACUCAGAGGAAAACAAAUUAAUAUAAAGACAUUACCAAGCUAUAUAAUUGUGGUAUUGUUAUGGAUUUAAAGGAGUUUAUCCCAAGAUUGGUCUGCUGAAUGGGAUGCAAUGAUAUUUGACCUGAUGAUUUAUCGCGAGUUAAAAGAUUCCCCAGCAUAGGCUGUGCAAAUUAACAACAAGCUGGCCGAAGCUGAGGACAGGCUAAAGAUGAUAUAUUAUUAGCGUCGACGGGAUAUCUGCUGUUUUUAGUUGUCGUAAUUCAAGCAACAGGAAAGGCUAACAACAAUGUUUUCGUAAUUGUUUCAGUCAUUGUUCGGAAAUCUUCGUUUAUCUUUCACUUGGGUCUGCCACACGACUUUUCCCGCCUCCCAUGAUCUGUGCACGUGACCUGUUUAAGCCAAUAGGGACACGUAAAAUCGGCGAGUUGUAGUCACAGAAUACCACGUAUGGCUCAGUUGAUUCAAAUAUAUUGAAAACAACCUAGGUUGACGAGAACUGGCCUUAGACACCUGUUUUCAUAUAUUUGAACUGCAUCAACGGGAAAUAAAACAAAUAUGUAGAGACUAGCUUGUCAUUGGUGGUUAGACUAUCUCGAUUACAUUUUGCAUGUUACUUUAAACAGAUCAAAGUGAAUAUAUUUUUCUUCUAAUUAACAACUUUUGGUACGUGGAGCCUUGGAACAAAAUAUUCUUCAGUAGAAUAUAUGACAUAAUAUCCCCUUAAAAGACAAAAUGAAGUGCACAUAUAUUCAUUAGAUUAAGACUGAAAGUUUAUGAUAAUCAAAUGAACCUCGAAUGUUUUCGACUCUGUUAUUCUCUGGAUUAUGUUCAUUGUCGUAAACAUCCGUUAACAUUUUAUAUUUUUUAGCCUUACUCUUGUCUUUGUACCAUGCUAUAGAAAAUGCAGCCAAUCAGAAUACAGGAAAGACGUCAUUACACCAAACCUUCCCAGCCGCGGACGCGUAUGUCGUAUUAACUGUGUUGCCCACAUCAUUUUCUAUGGCGUGGUAUAAAAUAGUUAUAAUUAUGCAACGUUCUCUCGUGGUAUACUAGGAAAAUCCCCCUUGUCAUUUGUAUUUUCUUGUUAUCCACACUCGCCUAAAUGGUCAUGUGUGUAUUAAUUCGCCAUUGCCACAUCCCGCAUAAUACACCUUGUUUGCUCCCAAAAUCCUGCAUAACCUUUGUUUCCCAUUUCUC